AUGUAAAUAUAUAUUGUUAAUACGGAAAAUAAAGAAGUUUUUCCUAUAUCUAAAAAUGAGACUCUUUCGGAUGUUUUUUAACUUUUGUAAUAUGAUUAAGUUUCCGGUAUUCUUUAUGCUUCGUUUACAAAUAUGAAAAAUCCCUUGAAGGUCGUUUUUGCAAAUUUAGACUUAAACUUAAAUACGAAAGUAUUAUCUGAAAAAAUAGAGUGGAAGGAAGUUUCGUUAAUAAAUAAUAAUACUAAUAUUAUUUUUUAGAUAUAAUAAAAUAUAAUUUUUGAAUAAUUCGAAGAAAGAUUAAUUAAAUAAGGAGAGGCUGAAGGCUUUUUCUGGAAACUUAAAAAAUUCGAAAACUAGAAUAUACCAAACGAGCUGAAAGAAUUAUAUGAAAAUAAUGAAAAAAUUAAUCCUCUGAAAUAUUCUUAAGAUAAUCAAAGACCUUUAGUUGUUAUGGUGCAUGGUGGUCCACAUGGAAGUAGUGCGGGAAAUUUCGGAUUGUUAAGAUUGUAUUUUUUACUUUAAGGAUAUGGUAUUUUAGCCCCCAAUUAUACAGGAUCAUGCGGUUAUGGAUAAAAUUUCAUGGAAAAAUUAUUAACAAAUAUUGGAGAUAUUGAUGCUUAGGAAAUACUUGGAAUGAUAGAUUAAAUUAUAUAAAAAGGCUUAUGUGAUCCUAAAAAAAUCAUUAUUAUAGGAGGAAGUUAUGGAGGAUUUAUGACUGGUAUUAUGGCUACUAGACAUGCUGAAAAAUUCCUUUGUGGUAUUUUAAUGAAUCCUGUAGUUAAUAUUAAUUUUAAUUUAAAUGCAUCUGAUAUACCUGAGUGGUCUACUGCAGAAUGCUUUAAUAGAAAAAAUAAUUGGAAUUUAAGUCCAGAAGACUAUAGAAGGAUGUUUGAAAUUUCUCCAGCUUCAUAAAUUAAUAAGUUACCUUCAAUUAAUUUUAUUGGAGUUAAAGAUAGAAGAGUACCUUAUUAAUAAAGUAUUGCUUUUCAUUCUUAAUGUUUAUAAAAUGGAUGCGAUUUUAAAACUUAUGUUUAUCCAGAAGCUGAUCAUUCGCUUGAUGAUUGCUUGAAUACUGUUUUUGAUGUUUUGAUGAAAUCUAUUCUUUUUAUUGAAGGUUAAUUAUUGAAAUGA